UCAAAUGUAUGUUCUACAGUCUUGUAUUAUAUCUGUCAUGUACUUAUGAUGGCGUAAGUAGGUUAUUUGUGUGAUAAAAUUGUCCACCCUAAUUCAGGAAUACCUCUUUUAUUAUGACGGUCUGUAUUGGGCUCACAGAUAAUGUGUUUUUAUGAACACGUACUCAAGACCUUUCGCCAGGAAAAGAUGACAAAUUUCCUUAGCCAUUUUCAGGAUGUAUCUUUAAUGAGGACUUGUCAUUUCCCAUACGCCUUAACGGCGGAUCCUGGUCUUCUCUGCUGGAGUGAUGUAGGAACACUACUGAUCCCUGCCGUGGACUCUCUGACCCACGUUAUCUAAAGUACCCUGUGUUGAAUACCGGCUGAAGCCUAGCCAAUGAAGGGUCAGGAGAGGCGUUUCCAUUGUCGCGCACACGGAGGGGGGCGGAACUUCCGGGGCUCUCCUCACCGUCGACAUUUUGCAUCAGCCGUAGUCCAAUUAAAUAACUCCUCAGAAGCGCCACAUCACUGGAGUCUGGUGGAGAUGAGGGGACGGGGAAGGCGCCAGAGUGGGGGUCCACACAGAAUAUCGGCAACUAAGAAGCUGGGCGACGCUGCCUGGGAGGUUGGUGCCGGCGCCGGAAUGGGGGCCGCCAUAUCGGGGGCGGUCUCCUCUCCCUCUACCACUGUUAGGCCUCGCCCACAUCGUCCGUUUGUGACCUCGCUGAGGUGCCGGACUGAGGUUGGUGUGACUUUUGCAGACAUUGCCCUGUACUUCUCUAAGAAAGAAUGGUACCUCCUUGAUGAGGAUCAGAGACGCCUGUACCUGGAUGUGAUGCUGGAGAACUUUGAACUUAUAUCCUCACUGGGUUGCUGCUGUGGAGCAGAGGGUGUGAAAGCAUCAAAUGAAGAAAAUGUUUCUAUAGAAGUGUCACAGGCAAAGAAAUCGAAUAUACCUUUUUCUCCCUGGCAUUGCCACCCCUGUGAGAGUUGUGGGCCAAUCUUGAGAGACAUUUUUCACUGUAUUGACCAGCAGGAAACACAACACAAACAGAAACUGCUGAGAUGUGGAGCAUGUGGAAAACAAUUUUAUUUCAGUACAAAGUGUCAGCCUUACCAGGAGCACCACAUGAGAGAAAAGCCUUUCAUGAGAAGUGUGGACAGGAUGCCACUUGCAAAAAGUUGCAAUUUUAAUGUGUCCCAGAAGCUUUUUACCUGUGGGAACUUUGGGCAGGAUACCCUUACCAGGUUAGGACAUCAGCAACAGGCUACUCAAGCCGGGGACAGACCAAAUGAUAUCUUGACGUUUGGAGUGACUCCUCAAAGCAGCAAAAGUUAUUGCACACUGAAUGAGUAUAAAAAAGCACUUGGCUGCAACCACACAUUUCUUGAGAACAAAGCUGUUCCUACUGGGACACAAUGUUUUGUAUGUCAUCAAGGUGAAAAAUAUUUUACCAGUAUUUCUAGUUUUCAUUAUUGUCCGAGAGUUCACACUGGAAAGAGACCCCAUGAGGGCAGUGAGUGUCUGAAAUCUUUUAGCAGGCUCUAUUACCUUCAUUUACAUCAUGGAAUUCACACUGGAGAAAGGAAUUAUGAAUGCAGUGAAAUUGGGAAAUCUUUAAUCAGUAGCACUAGCCUUCGUUAUCAUCAGAGGGUUCACACAAUAGAAAAGCUUUAUGAGUGCGUUGAGUGUGGGAAGUCUUUUACCACUAGCACAAGCCUCCAAGAUCAUCAGAGAUUUCAUACUGUAGAAAGGCUUUAUGAGUGCAGUGAAUGUGGGAAAUCUUUUACCAGAAUUAAUCACCUUCAUUGUCAUCAGAGAGUCCACACUGGAGAAAGGCCUUAUGAAUGCAGUGAAUGUUGGAAAUCUUUUACCACAAUUGGUGAUUUUCAUCGUCAUCAGAGAGUUCACACUGGAGAAAGGCCUUAUGAAUGCAGUGAAUGUGGGAAAUCUUUUACCACUAGCACUAACCUCCGUUACCAUCAAAUCUUUCACACAGGAGAAAGGCCAUAUGAAUGCUUUGAAUGUGGGAAAUCUUUUACAACUAGCACUAGCCUCCGUUAUCAUCAGAGAAAUCACACUGGAGAAAGGCCUUAUCAUUGCAGUGAAUGUGGGAAAUCUUUUACAAGAAUGUAUCAUCUUUGUUGUCAUCAGAGAGUUCACACUGGAGAAAGGCCUUAUGAGUGCAGCGAAUGUGGGAAGUCUUUUACAACUAGCACUAGUCUCAGAUAUCAUCAGAGAUUUCACACAGGAGAAAGGCCUUAUCAUUGCAGUGAAUGUGGAAAAUCUUUUACCAGAAUUAAUCACCUUCAUUGUCAUCAGAGAGUUCACACUGGAGAAAGGCCUUAUGAGUGUAGUGAAUGUGGCAAAUCUUUUACCACUAGCACUAGGCUCCGUGUUCAUCUGAGAGUUCACACAGGAGAAAGGCCUUAUCAGUGCAGGGAAUGUGAGAAAUGUUUUAGCACUAGCACUAACCUCCGUGUUCAUCUGAGAGUUCACACAGGAGAAAGGCCUUAUUGUUGCAGUGAAUGUGGAAAAUCUUUUACCAGAAUUGAUAUCCUUCGUUAUCAUCAGAAAGUUCAUACAUGAGAAAGGCCUUAUAAAUGCAGAGAAUGUGGGAGAUUUUAUAGUUGCACUACUUAUUACAAUCAGAUGUGGAAAUCUUUCAACAAAAAUGAUAACACACAUGACUUCACAUGGAGGAUUAUCAUAGAAGAGUAGGAAUUGUACAGAUUCUUUUUUUUUUUAAUGUUAAUGCCAAAAGAAAUUCUUUUAAGCCUUGUUCAUCUGAAUCAAAUCACAUAAAGCCAACCAUGUACAUAGGGAGGUUCCACAUACUUUUUUUCUGCUGCAUUUCUAUUUUUCUCUGUACAUUUUAUUUAUUUUUUAACAUUUUAUUGAUUAUGCUGUUAGAGUUCUAUUUUUUUCUCCCAAUUAUUACCCUCUGUCCUGCGCCCCACCUCCACCAGCAUGCUCCCCCUUAACUCAUGUCCAUGGGUCGUACAUAUUAAGUGUUUUUGGCUUCUCCAUUUUUAUACUAUUUUUAACCCUCCCCAUGUCUAAUAUGUACCUACCAAUUAUGCUUCUUCUUCCUUGUAACUUCCCCCCCUUCUCCCUCCUCCCCCUCCCUGCUGAUAUUCCUCCAUGUGCUCUCCAUUUCUGUGAUUCUAUUCCUCUUUUAGUUGUUUCCCUUUUUUUUUUUUUUGGUUUAGCUGUCUUUGUUGUCAUUUUACUCUUCAUAGUUUUCAAUCUUUUUAAAUAAGUCCCUUUAACAUAUCAUAUAAUAAAGGCUUGAUGAUAAUGCACUCCUUUAAUGUGAUGUUAUUUGGGAAGCACUUUAUCUGCCCUUCCAAUCUAAAUGAUAGCUUUGCUGGAUAGAGUAAUCUUGGGUGUAGGUUCUUGCCUUUCAUGUUUUUGAAUACUUUCCAGCCCCUUCUUGCCUGUAAGGUUGAAAUCAGCUGAUAGUCUUAUAGGGACUCUUUUGUAGGUAACUGUUUCCUUUUCUCUUGCUGCUUUUAAUAUUCUCUCUUUAUCUUUAAUCUUGGCUAAUGUAAUUAUGAUGUGCCUUGAUAUGUGCUUCCUAGGGUUCAGCUUCUUUGGGCCUCUCUGAACUACCUGGACUCCCUGGAAGUCUUCUUUUGCUAGAUUGGGAAAGUUCACUAUUUUUUCAAAUAAGUUUUCAGUUUCUUGCUCCUCCUCUUCUGGCAUGCUUAUGAUUCAGAUGUUGGAAUGUUUACAGUUGUUCUGGAUGUUCCUAAACCUCUCCUCAUGGUUUUUGAAUUCUUGUUUCUUCAUUCUGUCUGGUGGAAUGUUUAUUUCUUCCUUCUGCUUCAAAUUGUUGAUUUGAAUCCCGGUUUCCUUAAUGUCACUGUUGGUUCCCUGUAUAUUUUUCUUUAUUUCACUUUACAUAGCUUUCACUUUUUCCUCCAUUUUUCAACCAUACUAAAUCAUUUUUGUGUGCAUCGUAAUUACCAGUGUUUUGAACUGUGCAUCUGACAGGUUGGCUAUCUUCCUCGCUUAGUUCUACUUUUGGAGCUCUGUUCUUUCAUUUGGGCCAUACUUUUUUUGUCUUGGCAUGCUUGUUACUUUAUAAGGGGUGAAGCCUUUGGUGUUGGAGGGGACAGCCCAGGUUGCUGCAUUGUAGCACUAUAUGUGGAGGAGGGGUCUGACAGGGAACAAUGCUGCUUGUGUACAUUCUAGGACCUUGUGGGUCUCUCCAAUGAACUUUCCUGUGAGGCUGGGAGUUUCUUCUGCUUCCGCAACCCCUGAAGGUCUUUGCAGCCAGGGAUUUUGAGGUUUUAUUGUCCUGCACUGGGACCAUGGCUUGCAUGGUCUGUCUUGCUCCCCAGUUGUUCCUCCCAGUUUAUCCACUCUCAAAUGUGGGACCUCUAGGCCUUCACCUGACCAUGCGUCCUGUGCCCUGGCUGCCUGUCUCCGCCCCUCGUACCAGUUUGAGUAAUGUUUCUUCUUUAAUUCCUUGGCUGUCAGACUUCCAUACAAUUCAGUCUUCUGACACUUCUGGUUGUUGUUUUUGUUUUUUGGGGUUUUUUUUUUUUUGCUUUUAAAUUUGUUGUUUUUCUUUUGUUUGUGUGAGGGGGCAAAGUGUAUCUACCUACAUCUCUGUCUUGUCUCGGUCCAUUUUAAAUUCCACAGCCAUAUAAUUUUAUUGUAUAGGAAGCCUGUGUCCAAGUUGCACCUCUCAGCUUACCCAAGUAUUUUGCCAGAUAUCUCCAUGUCAUUCCAUAUUUCUGUAGCUGAAGAUUUUUUAAAUUAAAUUUAUUUAUUUUUAGAGUUGGGGAAAAGAGAAAGAAAGAAAAGAAAGGCAAAUCAGUGUAAGGGAGAUACAUUGUUUGGUUGCCUUUCACAGAACCCUGCUGGGACCUGUCUGGCAAUCCAGAGCUGGGACUGAACUAGCGACAUGUAGGUUCACAGGCCAGCACUCGAUCCACUGAGCCACACCAGAAAGGGCAAAAUUAGGAGUAGGCUAACUUAUUUUUAGAUUCUCAUUCCUUUUUCACUCACUAGUUGAUGCACUUUUAGCCCAGAGAAUAUCUGAAUUCAGCUGUCAUCUUGCAGAAGGCCUGUUUAUUUUCAGGGAUAUGCUCUUACCAGUUAUCAGUAAUAAAUUUCUGAGUGUCCACAUCACCCGUGCAAGAACUGCCAUGCUUCCUUCUUUUUGGAUUGUAAUAUAAUGAAAACCUUUUUUUCUGAAUUCUUUGGGCGUUCUGUGUAUUGUCUGGGGUAGUUUGUAAGUAGAUUUGUGAUCUACAAGCAUGAAAUGGUGAACAAUUGUACGCAUGUCUCAAACUUUCUCUGACUCUGAGUACAGUUUGUUGCAGAAAUUAACUCAGCAGUUUUUCUCAAACUUGGAUUCCUUCUUACAAUCACCUAGGCAAGACUAGUGGGCUCUCUAGUUUUCAUGAGAAGCCUAGAUGCUGUGAGUUUUAAGAGACACAGGAUCACUCCAAGAGGGGGUAUCUAAGACAACCUUAAGUAUGUAUAGAUGCAGCAUGAAUUUUUUCUUUGCAAAGGAUGCCAAUAUUUUGGGGAGAAAAUCUCGCCCAGGUUUUGCAAUAGGCUGUGUGUCAUAACAGUUGCAUGGGUGAUGAUCUCUAGUAGCUUCACAGGGAUUAAGGGAAACUGAUUGCAACAGAAACACUAGCCUAAAGAGGUGCUUGAGGAGACUGCACCUAAUUAGAUGGAAUGUGUGUCUUCUGAGUAGUAAGUAAAAGUUUUUUCAAAAAGUUGGUCAUUUUGGUCAUUUAUUAGGUGUUAAUGUCAAAGCCAUUGGUGCCCUGGCAGAAAAGAAAAAUAAAGGAUAUCUUUAGUUGAGGGAUGUUGCUUCAUGACCCACCCAGCAUUCUUGCUGCUUUCAUGACAGUUUUUUUUUUAUUGGCUAUGUUUGCUCACUGAGGCAAAGUCUCUCCCAGGAGUCAUGAGAACAUGGAUUGAAUAUAGACUUGCCAAACCUAUAUUCAAAAGGUAUUGGACAUACAAAGUUUUCAAAUACUGAAUUAUCUUUAAAAGUUUUAAUGAAUAUCAUAUUUGAAGUAUGAUAUUUAGUGAGUCUUCACAUAUACUUAAAACUGAAAUCAUCACCAUAGUCAUAAUAUUGAUUCUAUCUGUUCCUGGGAAUUUACUUCAUGGCCUUUUUUAUUUCUGCUACCUCUUCGCCUGUCUGUAAGUAAACAUUGAUUUACAUUUCCAUAUAUGGAGAUUUUUAAUGGUAGUAGCUCAUCUGUUUGAGAAAUAUUGCUAUACCACUGCAGACAGGCCUUGUGAAUGCAGUGAAUAUGGGAAGUAUUUCAGAGGAAAGUGUAAACUUUGUUCUCAUCAGAGUAUUCACACUGGACAAACUUCUUGGAAUACGGUGAAUGUCAAAAAUCUUUUACCAUAGCACUAUUCUCCAUUAUCAUCAGGUAUUUCACAUAGGAGAAAGGCCUUAUGAAUGCAAUGAAUAUGGGAAAUCUUUUAUUCUAAAGCAGCAACUUCAUUGUCAUCAGAGAGUUCACACAGGAGAAAGGCCUUAUAAGUGCGGUUAAUAUGGGAAAUCUUUAGCCAAAUUUCUAAUCUUCCUCUGCACAUAAGAGUUUAUAUAGGGGAGUGGGGAAGGUCUUAGAUGUAUAGCAAAGGUACAGCGUUUUUUUUCCCAUGUUAAUAAUACUAUAGGAAACUGGAGCCUUGUUUGUGUGAAUCAAAUAUACAGCCAAACAUGAACAGUAGGAAGGUGCCACAUAAUUUUUUUUUAUAUGUGAAGCAGGUGUGUCCAUGUCACACUUACUUUACCCAGGUCUCUUUUUAGAUUCAUGUCAGUUCAGAUUUCUGUGCUGAAAAUAUUUCACCUGCAGCACCUAUAGGGUUCUGAGAGAUGUGUGAGUCAUCAUCCUAAUGUGCUCAGAAAGGAUAACUGUUAUCCAGUUUGUGAGGUAAAAGUAGGAGUAGCCUAACUUCAGGGCUUUAUUCCUUCCACUCCUACUAAUUGGCGCAGACCUGAUUCAGUUUCAGCCCAGAAAAAGUCAUCUGAGUACAGUUGUCAGUUUGCAGAAGGAUGGCCUUUUUUGGGACAUGCUUUUUUUAUACACCAGUGAUGACUUUUGAAUUUCCAAGUCUAAGAACUGCCAAGCUAAUAUUCCUUUGGUUUGUAAAAUAAUCAAGGCCUUUUUCCUAUGUCUUUAAUCUUGAACAUUGUAUUAUUGUGUGUGGUAGUUAAUAACAGUUUUUGGCCCUACAAGCAUAAAGACAUGAACAACUUUUAUAUGUGUCUCAACCUUUCUCUGCCUCCAUGGGGACAAUUUUUGCUACAGAAAUUAACAUGACAGCUUUUUUCCAGACUUGCAUUCCUGCUCAUAUCCACCCAGGCAAGACUGGGCUCUCUAGUUCUCAUGAGAAGCCUCAAUGCUGUGAGUUUCAGGAGACAGAUCACUCCAAAAGGGAGCAGCUAUGACAACCUCAAGUACAUCUGGGAGCAUCAUGAAUUCUUUUCUUUUUUGUAAAGGACACCAACACUUUUGAAGGGAGUUUCUGGUCCAGGUCUUCCAGAUACCAUGUGCCAUAAUGUCUGCAAUUCCAUAGGUGAUGGUGGUUAAUUGCAGCAACGUAGAGCUCUGGGGAAAA